UCCCCCGAAAUAAUACUAUUUUUUUUUUCCCUUCGAAAAAUAAAUAGUUUUCAUCUUUUAAUUUAAAUUAGUUUUAUCCUCGUCUUGAGCAUUUCAUGUUAAUGGCAGAAGAGACAGUUCCCAGAAAAGCCAGCUGCUCCAACGACCCACUUAUCCAAUGCGCCGACCUCAUCCUUCCAUGGCUAACCCCACCGGAACUCGCCACCGUCUCCAUAACCUCUACAUCCCUCCACAAGGCCUCCGCCUCCAUCACCACCCGCCGAUCCUCCGACGCUUCUAGAACCUUCGAGAACCUUCCAGUCCCUUUCCGCAACACCGUCGACCACUACCCCUACGCCUACUUCCUCUACACCCCUUCCCUCAUCCUUCCCUCCGCCGCAUCCCGCCUCCUCCGCCAACCCUGGGGAUCCGCUGCUCCUCUCGCCUCCGCGCCGAGUCGGAUCCCCGCGGAAUCGGUGAGUUUGGUCGACGAGUUAGGUCAGAGUGUGUUGUCUGGUUGCGACUGCGAGGCUUGUGGCGGUGUGGGUUCCGACUGUCCUUGUUUGGGCUUGGGUGGGCUGGAUGACGUGGGCAGUGAGUGCGGGCCGGGAUGUGGGUGCGGACCAGAGUGCGGAAACCGGUUGACUCAGAAUGGGAUUGCUGUUCGGGUGAAGAUUGUGAGGGAUGCAAGGAAAGGGUGGUGUUUGCAUUCUGACCAGUGGAUUCGGAAAGAGGAGUUCUUGUUUGAGUAUGCAGUGUAUCCAAUACAUCAUACGAAUGUAAAACUGAUUCAUGGUUUCCUGCUUGGAAAAGGCGAACUCUUGACAACCAAGGAAGCGCGGAGGAGACAUCAAUGUUAUGAUGAAAAAUCAUCACAUGGUAGAUUCUCUUCUGCACUUUUGGUUGUAAGGGAACAUCUUCCAUCUGGAAACGUAUGCUUGAGAUUGAAUAUUGAUGCCACAAGAAUAGGAAAUGUUGCCCGGUUUGUUAAUCAUUCUUGUGAUGGUGGUAACUUGAGCACAAAGCUAAUUAGAAGUUCAGGAGCUUUGUUCCCCCGCCUCUGCUUCUUUGCUUCGAAAGAUAUCCAGACAGAUGAAGAGCUUACAUUUAGCUAUGGAGAAAUCAGGAAAAAGGCCAAUGGUCUGCCAUGCUUUUGCAGUAGCCCUUCAUGCUUUGGAACUUUGCCUUCGGAAGACACUUGAGACACGUUUUUGUUUAAGGAUAUGGAUUAGUUGUGAAAGGAAUACCGAUGUUUUUGUUGGCAUGAGCUUUUACAAAAUGAGUUAAUGUGGAUAAACUCUUCCUUUAGGUCAACCUCAUUUGACUUGAAUAAAUCUUAAAUAUACCUAGUUUUAAAUGUACAUUUUUAGUCAUUUUUU